GUAGAUUUAAAAAAGUGAAAAUUGAGGUUAUAAAAAAAUAUAAAAGUGAAAAUGAAUAUUUUAAAAAAUAUAUCAACUUUAUUAACAACAAAUAACUUACAAAAUUUUCAACAAAUUCGUAACAAAUGGGUAAAUAGAUGGAUGAUCAGAGAUGUUAAACGCAGAAAGAUGACUACUGAAUAUGCCCCUUUACGACUUCGUAUUAACACUCUUCGAAAAAACGAUGUUCUUCCUCCUGAAUUAAGAGAAAUUGCAGAUGCUGAAAUAGCUGCUUUACCAAGAGAUUCUGCCUUAAUAAGAACCAAAAAAAGAUGUGUGAUAACUUCUAGGCCAAGAGGUAUUGUCUACAGGUGGAGACUUAGUAGAAUUGUUUUUAGACACUUAGCAGAUUAUAAUAAAUUAAGUGGUGUUCAACGUGCUAUGUGGUAGAUAUCAAUAUAAUUAGUUAUAGAUCUUAUGUGUUUUAUUUCUUAAAGAAAUCUAAGAUACAUUGUAUGUAUAUGUAAGUGCAAAAUUAGAUUAAUGGCAUAGCAUAUUAUGUGUUAAUGGUAAGAUACAAGUUGUGAAAUAAAUAUUUUAAGAUACCAAAUUUAUGGACAACAAAGAAAUAUAGACA